AUGGACUGGGGCUGUGAGCACGUCAAAGCGGUGGCCACGGGGUCCAACGCGUCGCAUUUUGUGCGCGACUAUGCGAAAAUCGUGCUCUUUUUGCUCAAGACGAAAAAGACGCCGAAUCAGGCGCCCCACAAUACACUCAUCGACAUGGCCUUCAAAAAGACUGAUAUCAAGCUGGGCAUCAAGCCGAGCCUGGAUCCGCUCGCAUGUGUCUAUUGCUAUAGCUGCAGCGAGUUUGUGGACGGCCAGGAGCUGGAAAAGAGACGGCUGAAGGUGCUCUGCCGUUGGAGAGGCCUCAAGAUGGCUCCUGGAUCUACCAACCCAAGGACAAACGGAACCGGCACUAACGGAACCGGCACUAACGGAACAAAUGGAACAAAUGGCACCCACACUCCUCCCUCGUCUUUCACACAACCGUCGAUAUCUUCAACCCGAGGCCUCAGAGGACUCGUCAAUAUGGGAGCCACCUGCUUCAUGUCGGUCAUAGUGCAGACUCUGAUCCACAACCCGCUGAUCCGAAACGACUUUCUCGCCCAAAACCACUCCCUCGGACUCUGUGCGCUGAAACGAGCGAUAGCCGACGGCACAAUCACAUACUCGGACUUUUGCGACUACUACGAAGAACUGCCGGAGACGAUCCAGCGCGAGUCACGUGAUCUCCCUUUGAGCACGCUCAUCACGUGGGCCAAUGCCACCUUGUCCCCGAACCCCAACAACUGCAUUGCCUGUGCUCUUGACGACUGUUUCUCCAAGUUUUAUGCCUCGGCUACAGUCCAAGGUUAUGGACCCGUUUCCCUUAUGAUCUCGUCGUGGAACAUCAACCGGCAGCUUGCAGGCUACUCGCAGCAGGAUGCGCAUGAGUUCUGGCAGUUUCUCGUCAAUGAACUGCAUGGUUCUUCUCUGGUGAGGGUGGAAGAGGGUCUGGAUGAAGACAGAGGCGCUUCGUCUGACAUCCCGGUGCAGUUCAAGAACACGUGGGACUCGAUUUCCGAGUCGGGCUCCUGUUCAGACACUUCUGACUGCACUUGCAUUUCCCAUCGCACUUUUGGGGGCACUCUACAAUCCACUGCCACGUGUAAUGGGUGUUCACAUACGUCCCACACGUACGAUCCGCUCAUGGACCUGUCCCUUCAGAUCCCGCUCAAGGGUCAGGCGUCUCUGUCGUCUUGCUUGGACAAGUACACUGCUCCUGAGCAGAUGGAGUACUUUUGUGAAAACUGCAAGUCGCAUGAAUCGGUCUCCAAGACGCUGGCUCUGAAGAAACCACCCGUGGUGCUUUCUUUCCAACUCAAACGGUUCCAACACACCGGAUCAUCGUCGUCCAAGAUAGAUACUCAUGUCGAGUUCCCUUUGUAUUUGGAUAUGAGCCCGUAUACGUGUUCUCAGGAGUCCGGGCUUGUUUACGAGCUGUACGCGGUCGUUUGUCAUCAUGGCAGCUUGAACACGGGACAUUACACGUGUAUGGUCAAGGGCAGGGAUAUGCAUUGGUACAAUUUCGACGAUGUGACAAUCACAAGGGUUGAUGUUCAGCAGGUGUUGGCAGCCAGAGCUUACCUGUUGUUUUACAUUAUGCACAAGAUUUGA